CGCUCGCUCUACGGCGGGUAACGGGACCCGUUAUCCCUCCGCAGAGGCAGAGCCAGGCGACCUCCUCCAGUCCAGGCUUUGCCAUGUGGCGCCCGGCCAGGCACCCUGCCUCAAACCCCUGCCCGGUAAACUGUCAAGGAUACACUGCCUCAGCAGAACCCUCUUAGGAGGCGCGAGGACCCUGCCGUAGCGCCGCUCUCCCAUCCUCCACUUCCCUCACACUCGAAGACGCCCAGAGAGACAGAGAGGGAUGUUUUCAUGGAAUUUCUGUCUGGGGGGGGGGCGUCCUAACUCUGCGACAAGACACGUGCCGCAGCGCUCCAACGCGUCUGGGGGAUGAGCCGGAAGUGCUUGCCUGCAUGCGCUGGAAAGGCCGGAACUCGGAGGGCGGGGCUUGCGGCGGGUCAGCUCCCAAUGGUUCCUGGGUAAGGCCCAAGAUGGCUUCUCUCGCCGUCCGUACCUUGUGAGUCCUCUCUGGGACUGUGCCCCAUGUCUUGUCUUUGAAAUCCACACCCGCUCCCCAUUUCUCCGUCUGGUUUGGUGUCCUGUCGAGGUGGACUGGCUAGAGUAAUGGCAGGGAGUCUCCCUUGGGCGGCAGGUAGGAGCCUAGGGGCUUGGAUGCCCUUGGCGUGCAGAAGCUUCUCUGUGGGUGUUCCACUACUGUCCCGAGUAAGGGUUACUCUCCCACCUCCCAAAGUGGUUGAUCGCUGGAACGAGAAGAGGGCUCUGUUUGGAGUAUACGACAACAUCGGAAUUCUGGGGGAUUUCGAAAAGCACCCAAAGGAACUGAUAAAGGGCCCAGUAUGGCUUCGAGGCUGGAGUGGAAACGAAUUGCAACGUUGUAUUCGAAAGAAGAGGAUGGUUGGAAGCAGAAUGUUCGCUGAUGACCUGCACAAUCUCAACAAACGCAUCAGCUAUCUCUACAAACACUUUAACCGAAAAGGGAAGCACCGAUAGAACGGACAACGGGCAGCUCUGGAGCAGAACAUUUGUCGUCCCGGAGAAGGGGACUAGGACUUACACCAGCCAGGAAAGAGCUUUGUAUGCUGUCUAUAAUAAAAUGGGGCUUCUUUGGAAAUCUGA